GUGGAACAUACUCGACGGAGAACAAACAACAUGAGACAAUUCGUGGUCCUACUGGCUCUGGCUCUGGCCAGCCUGGCCUCCGGCAACCUGAUCGUCAAGCCUGGAUUCCCCGAGGGACGUAUCAUCAACGGCUACGAGGCCAAGCAGGGCGAGGCGCCCUACAUCGUGUCCCUGCACACCACGUCUCAUUUCUGUGCCGGAUCCCUGAUAGCCGCCGAUUGGAUUCUGACUGCCGCCCAUUGCAUGACAUACACGAAGGGUACUGCCAGUGCCGGCGUGCAUGGUCGCUCUGACACGGAGAACGUGCAGUCGAGGGAUUUCACCAAUGCGCAGUACAUUAUCCACGAGAAGUAUGGCGGCGGCGUAGGACCCUACGACAUCGGUCUGAUCAAGCUGGACAAGCCCUUCGAUCUCAAUGUGGUGGCCCGCGAUGGCAGCAAUCCAGUGGGUGUGAUCAGUCUUCCCUCUAAUAACUACCAGGCCGACGGACUCGGCCUUCUCUUUGGCUGGGGACGUGACAACUCGGGACUUUUGCCCAAUGCGCUGCAGAAGCUGGAUGUGGACAUCAUUGGAUAUACUAAGUGCAAAGCAGCUUUACCCUCCACUGCACCCUUGGCAGAAUCCAAUGUGUGCACCUACACAGAAAACACCACCGACGGAGCCUGCAAUGGAGACAGCGGCGGUCCUCUGGUGCAGAAUGGUGAGCUAGUGGGUGUCGUCUCCUGGGGUUACACCCCCUGUGCCACGACCAAGUAUCCUUCUGUGUACACCCAGGUUUCAUCUUACAAUAGUUGGAUCAAGGAGAAGAUGAAUGCAUAAACCAUAUUCCACAAUAUUAUAUAAUCACUAAAUAAACGAACAUUCUGUACUCAAAAA